AUGCUCUUUGCGACGUUCUUCGGUGCCUUGCUCUUCACGCAUGCUCUGGGCACGCCCUUACAACGCCGCAGUCUGCAACUUCACGAGGCUCGAGAUGCUCCCCCGCCAGGCUUCACACUCGUCGGACAUGCUCCUUCCGACACUAUCCUGAAGCUACGCAUCGCACUCGUGCAAAGCGAUACAACCGGGCUUGUAGAUGCGCUCUAUGACGUCAGCACGCCGUCCAGUCCGAAGUACGGGCAGUAUCUCUCGAAGUCGGAGGCUGAGAAGUUUGCGGCGCCCAAUUCGGAGACCGUUGCAGCUGUCAACUCCUGGCUUAGUGAGAAUAGGUUGAACGCGACGCUACUAUCCCCUGCAGGCGACUGGCUGGGUUUUGAGGUCUCGGUCGAACGGGCCAACGAUAUUCUUGGUGCAGACUACUCUGUUUUCACACAUCAGAGCACCGGAAAGCGCACGAUCCGGACACUGUCGUAUUCUAUCUCUCCGGAGCUCAAAGGACACGUUCACCUCGUUCAUCCCACUGUCUCAUUCCCGAACCCAGUGAUCAAGUCUUCGCACUCGCUCGUCGUGCCAAAGCGCUCUACUCCGCUCUCUCGCUCAGAGAAUUCCUCCUCGCCAUGUGGAGACGCAAUUACACCUCCGGUCUCGCCUGCAUGUCUGCAGUACAUAUACGACAUUCCGACAACACCUGCUAUCCAUCCCUCGAACCAGCUUGCUGUCACUGGGUACGUCGAGCAGUAUGCUAACCAAGCUGAUCUUCAGUUGUUCCUGCAGCAGUAUCGACCUGAUAUGAACUCGUCAACGACGUUCUCGGUCGUAACCCUGGACGGUGGCAGCAACUCUCAGAACGGGUCACUUGCUGGAACAGAGGCGAAUCUCGACAUCCAGUACACGGUAGGACUAGCCACGAACGUCCCGGCCACUUUUAUCUCGGUGGGCGAAGACGAAGGUUCCCUGAACAGUUUCUUGGACACUAUCACCUACUUGCUCGCUCAAGAAUCUCCGCCACAAGUCUUAUCCACCAGCUAUGGGUGGAACGAAGACAUGAUUUCACAGACUUUUGCCAUCAAUCUGUGCCACGCGUACGCUCAGCUCGGCACUCGCGGUGUCUCCAUCCUCUUCUCGUCAGGCGAUGGCGGCGUAUCAGGCACUGGCUACGGAGAAUGCACGACUUUCGUACCAUCCUUCCCGUCAGGCUGUCCCUACGUGACGUCAGUAGGUGGCACCGCUGAGCUCCCGACCGAGGUGGGUGCGCCUUUCUCCGGUGGCGGCUUCUCGAACUAUUGGAGCACACCGUCGUACCAAGCUUCCGCUGUUGCGUCUUACCUUUCAAUCCUGGGCAAUAAUGAGUCGGGGCUGUACAACGCCUCGGGACGCGGCUUCCCGGACGUCUCCGCGUACAGUUCCGGGUUUCUGAUUACGCUGGAUGGAGAGGACGAUCCUCGCCCGGUCUGCGGAACGAGUUGUUCGACGCCGACGUGGGCAAGCAUCAUUGCGCUACUGAACGAUGCCCUCGUCGGGGAGGGUAGGCCUGUACUGGGUUUCUUGAACCCGUGGUUGUACUCGACGGGGGUGUACGCCCUAACGGACGUGGUCUCCGGGAACAACCGUGCGUGCACUAACGACACGGGUUUCGACGCUACGUCUGGCUGGGAUCCGGUAACCGGUCUUGGGACGCCGAACUUCAAUAGCUUGAUGUCUGUUUUAGGACUACGAUGA